UUGUCUCUUAUACUUGUUCAGGAUUCCUCAAAUAAUCAGCAAGGAGAGGAGGCCAAACAAAGAGAAACAGAAAUGAGGAACUCGAUAUUGGCUCAAGUUCUAGACCAGUCUGCCCGUGCUAGAUUGAGCAAUCUUGCAUUGGUGAAGCCAGAGAAGGCAAAUGCAGUCGAAAACUAUCUUAUUCAAAUGGCUCGAUUCGGAAAGUUGGGAGGAAAGAUUACCGAAUCAGGCUUAAUUGAGAUCUUAGAAAAAGUCAGUCAGCAAACGGAGAAAAAGAUGACUGUCACAUUCAACAGACGGAGGGUGAUGGACUCAGAUGAUGAAGAUGAUUACUGA